UGGAGGGGAGGCAUUUGUUAUUGGCUGUCUCCGGACCUCAAGGAUAACAUUCCUGUCCUUUCCAUUGGCCGCCCCGCUGCUGCAAGCCUCUUCCCGUCUUAUUUUGAUGAUGAAUAUGAAGGCAUGCUAAGCUGUGCCGGAGAGUAGCUCUCGCUGACUACACUCCCACCCCGGGCUCAAGGACUCCAGAGCUCCCCGGCUGCUUCCCCUGCCCACUGCCAGCAGCAGCAGCAGCAGCAGCAGCAGCAACAGCAGCAGCAGCAACGCCAAAAGUUGUGAUGCUUUUCUUCACCCAGUGCUUUGGGGCUGUGUUAGAUCUUAUUCACCUCCGGUUUCAGCACUACAAGGCAAAGAGGGUUUUCUCAGCUGCCGGGCAACUUGUCUGUGUCGUCAACCCAACACACAGCCUCAAGUAUGCACCGACCCGCUGUGCAGCUGCGCAGGCAUCCACGGAGCAAGGCAUCCUUCCUCCCUGCCAUCACCACGAAGCGGUGCACGACCCCCAGCUGGUCCCCUGCACGUGCCCGCUCUUCUCCUGCCCAUGGGAAGGGCAUCUAGAGGUGGUGGUGUCCCACCUGAGGCAGACCCACCGCAUCAACAUCCUUCAGGGCGCGGAGAUUGUCUUCCUGGCCACGGACAUGCACCUGCCCGCACCAACGGACUGGAUCAUCAUGCACUCUUGCCUUGGCCACCAGUUUUUGCUGGUCCUCAGGAAGCAGGAGAAGUAUGAGGGCCACCCCCAGUUCUUUGCCACGAUGAUGCUGAUCGGCACGCCCACCCAAGCCAACAACUUCACCUACCGGCUGGAGCUCAACAGGAACCAGAGGCGCCUCAAGUGGGAGGCGACCCCCAGGUCGAUCCUGGAGUGCGUUGACUCUGUCAUUUCGGACGGGGAUUGCCUUGUGCUGAACACUUCCCUGGCUCAACUCUUUUCUGACAAUGGAAGCCUAGCGAUAGGAAUUGUGAUAACCACCAGCAAAGUUCACAGCUCCGAAGCUGAAAUGUGAUGGGGAGGAGGGAGAGGAGGAGGAACAACAGCAACAACAAUGGUGCUCUAGCUGCCUUCUGAAAGCCAGAACUCGCAGACUUUUUAUGGGGUGGGUCUCGGGUCUUUUAUGGUAUUUAGUACUUGUCCACAGUGGGCAUUAUGUAAACAUCCCGUGGUUAUGAUCCCUGUGUCAUGUAUUUACCGUUUUGCUAA